CCCGCAAUUACUGACACGCCUCCUUCUUCCUCCUUUUCAAUUUAUUACAUUGAAUUCCAACACCAAUAAAACCAAAACUAAUUAAUGUUAUUUAUUUGGAUUUCUCACACCCAAUUCCAAACCUCAUUUAAUUACUCCUUUUUCUCCUUCCCCUAAUAAACUCUUCCCCCAUUUCUUCUCAAUCACACUAUUUAUCUUCUUCUUCUUCUCCAUUUUUACAUAAAGUUUCAAUCUUUUUCUCUCUUUUUAAUUUAAUUUCUUAAUAAUUAUGGCAGCAGAUGUAAGUAGACAGAUUAAAAGUGAAGCUAAAUCUGGUUUAAUUACUCGUGAUUUUCUUGGUGGGUGUUCUGGGAUUGAUUCUAAAGAAUUAGACCUUGAUUUGCAUGUUCCAAUUGGUUGGGAAAAACGUCUUGAUCUUAAGUCAGGAAAAGUCUACAUACAGAGAUGCAAUCCUGCAAAUUCAGCAGCAUCUGAACAGAAGAAUUUAUCAAACCAACUCUCACCAAAACUUCAUGAUUUAAAUACUUUUCCACAAUUAUCAACAUCAUCAUCAUCAAAUGUAAAGCCAACACUUGGUUUAUUUGAACAACCACCAAGUUUAGACCUUAAGUUAGUCUCUAAUAAUCCACCCUCAUCUACAUACACAAGUGUGUGUACUUUAGAUAAGGUAAAAUCAGCUCUUGAUAGAGCUGAGAGAGCCUCACCCACUUCGUCAUCGACGUCAUCCUCUAAGAGGCGUUGGAUGAUAAUGCCAUCGACUGUCGGAUCACAAUCACCAUCGAAUUCCUCGUCGUUGUCAGUUGGUGAAGAUGAGCGGGAGUCGUCCACGAGGUGGACUAAUUCCUUGAUCUCUAAUCAAAAUGGCGGGUUAUUGGUGGCUGCAGCUUGCCCUGGUUGUUUACUAUAUGUGUUGAUAUCAAAGAAUGAUCCUAAAUGUCCUAAGUGCAAUUCAGAAGUUCAUUUGCCUGUGAUGAGUAAGAAGCCUAAGAUUGAUCUUAACAUAUCAAUAUGAAUUUGUCGAAGAAAUCGGAGGCGAAUUUGAUUAGAAUUUGAAUGGUUUAUGAUCCUUCCUAGUUCAUGGUAGAUAAGUAGAAUGUUUUAUUUAUAUUAUGGAGUAUGCCUGUCUAUGGGAUAUAUGGCUACUUAAUUUGAUUAUAUUCUUAAGAUAGAUAUAUAGUUUAAUGAUAGAACAUAGUUUUGUACAUUUAAAAAGUAAUACAAGAUCGAGGAUUUUGUUUU